AGACUCCUAUGGACGUACAUCUCAACCAUUUACCAAUGAAAGGUCAAGCUAGUGUUCAGCUCUUGCGAAGGGCGUUGGUGGAAAUCCAGUUGACCGGGGUGUUGAAGAUGGCCGGAAACAGAAAGAACACAUAUUUGUUCUGGGGAGGAAUCCUCUUCAUAAUGGCCUUUUAUCUCCAUACUCCAUACCCGAACGAGGCUGCAGAACCAUGGAAACAGAGGAUCACCUCGGCUUCUGUUAGAAUAAUCAAUGACUUGAGUACACUUGGGCAGCUCCUUGGUGUAGCGUCAUCUGUCAACAUAUCACGAGUCCUGACCGAGAACAUUAAGCACCUUAAUACUGCUUCUCUUCAGAAAGACAUCCUUAACAAGGUUCAGAUAACAGAAGAAACAUAUGAUGGCGUACCUGUGCGAGUGUAUAAACCGACGGCUGUUAAGACACCCCGACCAUGUAUCGUACAUAUACACGGUGGAGGAUGGGCCUUACUUAGUGUCGAUGCGUACCAUGCAUUUACGAUGGAGUUGGCACUCAAGACUGAGGCGAUCGUGGUUUCUGUAGAGUACAGAUUGUCUCCUGAACAUCUGUUUCCUGUUCCGUUGGACGACUGUGUUACUGCCACGAAAUACAUCAUGCGGAACGGGAAAACACUUGGCGUAGACAGCUCAAGGGUAGCAGUAAUCGGUGACAGUGCUGGUGGUAACCUAGCUAUGGCUGUGUCAUUAAGGAUGGCAGCUGAAACACAGCUUCCAAUGCUCAAGGUACAGGCCCUGGUUUACCCAGCCCUGCAAGCUAUGGACUUCAACACUCCGUCAUACCAACAGUACAGCGAGAGAUUGCGUCGGUGCCCCUCCUUCGCUACCAAGGAGAUUCUCAUACGAUACUGGCAGUUGUAUGCAUUUGGGCACGACGAUUACACAUCCGAUUUUUACGUGAACAACCAUACUACUAUGGCCCUGAAGAAAUCAAAAUACGCCGAGUAUGUUAAUCAGAAACAUCUACCUCCAAAGUACCAUGUCGCCGAAAACAAGGACGUUCCCACAGGAAAAACUGAAAACGGAAAUACCGCCAACAAAAUCGAAAACAUAAUAACCAAUCCGUACUUUGCUCCUCUGAUGGCGUCUGACGAGGAGCUACGGAAAUUGCCGAAAACUUACAUCAUGACGGCGGAAUACGACUGCCUUCGUGAUGAUGGUUGGAUCCUUGCUGACCGCCUGAAGAGUCUACAACUAAGCUGUAAACACGACCAUUAUGACGGGUACGAACAUGGAUUCGCGUUAAUGCUGCAUUAUGAUAUACACGGAAAAUUUAUGAAUAAUAUUGUUCAGUAUUUCCAACUAAAUCUGUAAAUGUGUUGUCACGUUUGUCAGCUCCUGAAAGUGUUUAUUAUAAGCCAGUCCCUUUUCACUGAUAACAUAUUGGCGACAUAAGAAUACCUACAAAAAACGUAAAACGAAUGUUUUCACAUCAGUGUUGGCGAUCUGUUAUACCUUUAGAAUAUAAAACAUUAUCUUAUUUACAGCUAUGUUUAUAUAUUUGAAUCGGAAAAAAAUGUUGAUGCAUGUCGGAUAUCAACAAAUAAUACUCCGUGACGCGGCACGAAUAUGACAUAUAGUAAGUGGUUACUUCAAUUCAGGUUCAUUAUAAUACAUGCAACUGACGGUCCCGAUUGAGUUACGUUUUAUAAUACAUAUUAAUAUAUACGCAAAAUGGCGACCUCCUGUAAGAAAAACAACUGUUAGCAAUUGGUAAUGGGUUUUCCUUGUACGUAUUACAUAUCCUCAGGUAGCAUCCAUAACAGACGAGAACGAUGAAACCACUUUUAAAGUUCCUGUAUCACCUUUUGUAGUGAAAGUGCCUAUCGUGGAUAAAUGACUGUAGAAAUAAAGUAACAAGCUUACCUGUAUGUGUUCAGGAUACGUCUCUCAUCAUUAUCCUUCUAAAACAUUUAACGGUUGCAUUGAAAUCAUUAUUUAAUCCUUCUACUUUGAACAAAAAAGCAGAAUUUCCCAAGGUUCAUUUAUCAUAGGCUUAAACUAUCUCAUCCUAAAACGACCAUGUAUAAUUGUUUAUUUAAAGCCUGUUAUAAAACGGACAUUGCAUCCACGUAAUAUUGAAACAUUUUUUUCUAGAAUAAUCAUUAUAAUGACAAAUAAUAUUUAUCAUAGUGCACAUAUAUCUAAUGGCAAGUGUUUAGUCUACCUCGGAUUAUUCGUUGUUACUGUGUCGUAUUUGUGCGUUAAUUUGUAAGUAACAUUACAAUAUUGAUAUAAAUGUGUUUAUAAUGAUGAAUGAUAUUAUUUUACCUACGACACUUAAUGAAUAUAUCUAGUUUCAUUUCAUCGUGGUAGAAAUUCAAUGCUUACAACGUUAAGGGAAACUCAGAAUUUAGAAGAAGACAAACAGAUUUUAUCUCGCCUUUUUAAUGAGUCAGGAUAUCAUUUAAUUUAUACAUUUACCUGAAAAAAUAAAAUGCCGGAGUGAUUUCCCUUGCCAAUAAUCUAACCUGACGUAAUGAUAUUUAGAGAGAGAGCGGUCAUGAUUUUUGUUUGUGUUCUAUGUAAGUGUGUUUAUUAAUAUGUUGUUAGUGAUAUUUAUUGAUAUUAUAAAGGACAUUCAAUGCAUUCAAAUAUUAGAAAUAACUAGAAAUAAUUGUUCUCACUUGCCAAAUUAAUAGUUUUCAUAUAUACCAAAGAUUUAAUUGUAUACUCUGUAGACCUACCGAUCACCAAGUUCAAUGGGAAAUGGCAAACUCGGUACAUCAGAACAAGUAAAAUAGAAUAUAUUAACAAUUAUGUAUUGGUAUGUAUGCUUCAUUGUAUAUUUUCUGUUCGAUGUAUAAGAUAAAAACGUAUUGCAUAUACGAAUACUGAAAAAGGGUCCAUUAUUGUACGACAGCUGAAGUAAAACUAUACGGAUGAAAGCACACGUAACGAUCUAGAAUAUAGUUCUGUACAAUUUAUUUAGAUGAUGUGCCAUGUUAGAUGCGAAUUCAACUCCAACGGAUUGGGAAUGAUGAUGUAGAGUGUAAUUUUGCAAUAAGUUUCAAAACAAUAAUAAUUUGUAUCACGUGAUUGUCUUUAUUUUUAGUCAUAUGUUUGUGUAUUACCUAUAUGUAAUAUAGCUUAAUAUUGUAGCAAACGGACAUUUCUAUGUCAAACUUGUAGUCAGAGCUGCUCUCCAUGGCAUGCAUUUUUACUUCACAAUGUCAU